AUGGCGACAGCAGCAACAUUAAACCCGUCGACUGCGGAGUCUACGGCUGACGCAGGACCAUGGGCAGCCUUGAAAGGAAAAAUAAAAUCCCAUUACGAUCUUCUCUCCGAGUACUAUUAUUCUUUAUGGGGUGAGCAUAUUCAUCACGGGUACUUCCUUGAUGACCCGACAGAUACCAAAGAGGCUGCCCAGCGCCGCCUCAUUUCUCUAUUACUUGAGCGGUCAAACGUGCCCGCCGGUUCAAGGGUCCUCGACGUCGGGUGCGGCGUCGGGGGUACUUCUCGUCAAUUGGCACGCGAGCACUCAUGCAGUGUUACAGGAGUGACCAUCAGCGGCAAGCAAGUCGAGAUUGCAAAGCGAUUGUCCAACGAUGAGGCAGUCAAAAUAUCUAAGGAGGCUCCCGACUCUCUAGAGGGUUUAGAAGAGGAAUGGAUCUCACUCCCGCCUGGUAAAGUUCAGUUCAUUGAACUAGAUGCGGAGAAAAUGGGCGAGUAUUUCGAUGGAACCGAGGGAAAAGAGGGAGAUUACGAUGCUGUUUGGAUAUCCGAGGCUAUGAGCCAUUUGCCGCACAAGCAGCUAUUUUUCGAUAAUGCUUUUAAGCUGUUAAAGAGUGGAGGGAGUGGAAAACUGGUUGUCGCUGAUUGGUUUAAGGCGGAAGGUUUGGAUGAUAAACAGAUGGAAGAUGAUAUUAAGCCGAUUGAAGCUGGUAUGCUUCUACCUCCAUUAUGCACGAUGUCCGAGUAUGUCGAACAUGCUAAAGAGGCAGGCUUUAAAGUCUACUCGGAGCCUUUCGAUAUCAGUGAAAAUGUAAAGAAAACGUGGGAUAUUUCACUAUCGCUAAUUCAAAAUCCAUCCCUUUGGAUGUUAGCUAUUGCAGCAGGUAGGGAUAUAAUAUCGUUUUUGAGGGCUUUCCAAGCUAUGAGGCGGGGGUAUAACAAUAAGACGUUUAAGUAUGCUGUUAUCGCGUUCGAGAAGGCUUGA